AUGAUGAUAAAAAAAAAAGAAACGGACGUACCUGUUUUACUUGGAAGACCUUCCAACAAUCUCAAAAUGGGUGUAGUUGGAUUACCAAACAUUGGAAAAUCCUCACUAUUCAAUGCCCUUACCAACAGCAGCGUACCAGCAGAAAACUAUCCCUUUUGCACUAUUGAUCCUUCCGAGGCACGCGUCCUGGUUCCUGAUGACAGACUCGACUGGUUGUGUGAAAUCUACAAACCCAUUCGAACUACCCCUGCUCAUUUGACUGUCCUGGAUAUCGCUGGUCUUGUUCGAGGGGCAUCUCAAGGGGCUGGGCUGGGUAAUGCUUUCUUGGCCAAUGUGGGAUCAGUCGACGCCAUUUACCAUCUCGUGCGUGCAUUUGAGAAUGAAAAUGUCACCCACGUAGAGAACACAAUAGACCCCUUGCGUGAUCUGGAUAUCAUCCAAGAAGAACUACGUCUAAAAGAUGAGGAGAUGUUGGAGCGUCAAUUGGCCGAAUUGGUCAAGCUUGCAAAGUUCCCCGAUAACAAGAGACCUUUGGGAACAAUGUCUAGAAAAGAAGAAGUGGGUGUGGUUGAAAAAGUGGCGGAUUUUAUGGCCAAGGGUAAUGAUGUACGUAAAGGAGAUUGGAAUGCACCUGAAGUCCAGGUAAUCAAUACUCUUCAUCUCCUGACUGCGAAACCAAUGGUAUAUCUUUGCAACAUGAGCGAGCAAGAUUACUGCAAGGGCACAAACAAAUGGCUACCAGACAUUCAGGAGUGGGCAAAGGCUAACAAUGCACUGGACACUGUGAUUCCAUUAUCUGUCAGCUUUGAAUCAAAGUUAGCAAGUAUGGAACAGGAUGAAGCCAAGGCACAUUUGAAUUCCCUUGGUGUCACCUCACAGUUGCCUCGUGUGAUAUUGGCUGGCUACAGAGCACUUCAUCUCAUUCACUACUUUACUUGUGGGCAGCAAGAAGUCAGAGCAUGGACAGUCAGGGAUACUGCAAAGGCACCUCAGGCAGCGGGUGUUAUUCAUACUGAUUUCGAACGCGGUUUCAUCUCUGCGGACAUUAUGAAACUCGAGGAUCUUCGCCAGCUUAAAUCAGAAGCAGCCGUACGUUCGGCAGGCAAAUAUCUUCAAAAGGGAAAGGACUACAAAAUGGAAGACGGCGACAUUGCCCACUUCAAGGUAAAUGAAUAA